AUGGUUUUUCCCUGCUGCGCCAUGUCACUGCCCAUUUUCCACACUCGAAAUAAUAUAUUCCCAGCGCAUGGGCCCAUGAUGUCGCUGCUGCUGACGAAGUACUCUUUACACGGAUCUCGGAUGGUACGCAACAGUACCACGUACCUUGGGGUAUUACUAGAAGAAGAACAAGUCUAAGUUGAGGUCCAGUUCCUUUUUCCUUCUUACUACUUUUGUUGCUUCAUUCAUUCCUAUAUCCUCAUUAUUAGCCUUACCACCGACAAGACACAGUCGUUUGCUUUGUGUUAAUGAAAACCUAGCACUGCAGCUCCCCCCAUCGAUCCAUAAAAGCGCGUACCACCCACUGUCUUUUGAUUUACAUACUGGUCAUUGCUUUGCCAUGAAGCACUCCACAGCCGUCAUGGCCCUUGCGGCUCUGACAGCUGCUCCUCUUGCCUCCAGCCUCGCCAUCAAUAGUGCUCGAUCUUCAAGCCCCAGAGUCGUCGGAAUGCCGAUUCAGAGGAGACACGUUUCAGACCCCAUUGCUCAUGAUCGAGCACGGUUAAGGAGGAGAUCAGGGACAGUACUACAGGACUUGGACAACGAGCAGAGUCUGUACUAUGCCAACAUCACACUCGGGACACCACAACAGGCGCUACGGUUACACAUCGAUACGGGGAGUUCAGAUCUGUGGGUGAAUACGGCAAGUUCCAGCUUUUGCUCUUCGAGACAAGACCCCUGUGAGGGUGGGACGUACGACUCCUCGGCCUCUUCGACCUACAAACUGGUCAACAACCAGUUCAACAUCUCCUACGUCGACGGGUCCGGAGCGAGCGGGGAUUAUGUCACCGACACCUUGAACUUUGGCGGCGUCGCCAUCACCGACUUCCAGUUCGGCAUCGGCGAGGCCUCGAGCUCGGAACAAGGCGUGCUGGGAAUUGGGUACGCCUCGAACGAAGUGGCCGUCAACCGCGCCGGACUCGACGCCUACCCCAACUUGCCCGUGGCGCUGGUCAACGGCGGCCUGAUCGCCUCGACCGCGUACAGUCUGUGGCUGAACGACCUCGACUCGUCGCAAGGCGAGAUCCUCUUCGGCGGUGUCAACACGGACCAGUACGAGGGGGAACUGGCCACCGUCCCCAUCCUCCAGAGCUACGGGGGCUACUACGAACUCUUGAUCGCCCUCUCGGGCCUCUCCAACGACGGGAACGACCUCUCCGCGUCCAGUUCCUUGCCCGCCGCCGUCCUCCUCGACUCCGGCUCGACCCUCACCUACCUCCCCGACGACAUCGUGACGAGCGUCUUCAACCAGGUCGGGGCCGUGUACUCGGACAGCCUGGGCGCCGCCUACGUCGAGUGCAACAUCGGAUCCGCCACCAAGACCGUCGACUUUGUCUUCUCCGGGCAGACCAUCAAGGUGCCCUACGACGAGCUCCUCCUCGACGCGGGCACCAACUCGGCGGGCCAACCCCUGACGUUCGAGAGCGGCGAGGCGGCCUGCCUCUUCGGCAUCGCCCCGACCCAGAGCGGCGGCACCGCGGUCCUGGGCGACACGUUCCUCCGGUCCGCGUACGUCGUGUACGACCUCGCAAACAACGAAAUCUCGCUCGCCCAGACCGUCUUCAACUCGACCACGGAUAACGUGAAGGAGAUCUCAAAGGGCUCCAACGGCGUGCCCAACGCCACGCCCGUGUCGAACCCCGUGACCCAGGUCGUGUCUUCGGGUCAGUCUGGAGCCAGGAUCGGAGGCACCUCCGCGACGGUCACCGGUACCCUGAGCAAUUCCGCCGCUCCGGGACUCAACAAGAACGCACCCUUGACCACCAUCGUCGGCACCUUUGUGGCCAUCGCCGGUCUUGCAUUGGUCGUAUGAUGAGAGGCUAUGAUCAACCAUAUCUGCCUCUAGGACAUUGUAUUCGAUUUAUUCGAUGCUCCAACCCCCUUGUCGACGAACCGACCUCCUUUUCCGACUAAUUUGACAAACCCCUCGACCUGAUGAAUCUCUACACCUCUGUCUCAUGGCGAAAAAAUAUUAUGAACCACGAGUUUUGACGAAAGCCUGCCUUUGUCUUUUUUUUGUUUUGAGCGAAGAUCAUGAAUGAGCCAUCCUUUCAUACGACCAUAGACGGCUCCCCUUUGGAUAUUUUUAUGCCAUAUGGAUAUAUGGGAGUCGGUAUAUCACUGCAUAGCGUUGCAUUUUGAUGGCGAAAUGGGUUGGGAAAUGAUUCAAGCACGUACGGAGUACGACGGAGUUGCGAGGUUUUGCACAUAUCACAGCGCUGGGUACGGAGUACCUACCUAGGUAUAUAUUCUCGACAGGUCCGGUCUUUGUCUGUCGCAUCUGACGGCGUUUUGUAUAUGUAUCCCCUACAUUUACGAGGAAAUUACGUAGCGUUAUCGUCCUUGACGACCAAGAUGUUCACACGCAC